AGGAUCACGUUGUCGCUGAGAGACGCCGACUGGAAAAUGUUAAUGGAAUAACACAUUCAGGCUAACAAUAAUUAUGGUUUUAUAUUAAUAACGGACGGCAUUUUUUUUGAACCUGUACGUGAAACGUUACUACAGCUGCACAGAGGUAGGCUGGCUCUCCGGACCGGUCCAUAUAAACUCAGCCGCACAGUAUGGAAAGCCGCUGGAUGUCGGACUCCCACCACGAAGCUGCGUGGUUGCUGCUUUAUUCAUCCAGCAGCUAACGUCUCCUGUGAACCAGUGGCUUUAUUUACAUGCCAAAAAGGUCCGUUUUCUUUAGGUGACGUUAGUACAAAACAAUUAAGCGUUUGUUUUCAACCUCCGGCUAUCCUACUGUCGUUACACCUUAAUAAGCAAUCUCACCUUACAGUAAGUUAGAUUACGUUACAACCGGUCGAGCAGUGUGUUGAUAUAUCAGUACUUCGAGGACAUGUCUGGGACCAAGCUGUGACUGUUUCUGUGUAAAGUCUGACAACGUUUUCAUCGAAAAUGAAGUCGUCCGUGGCUCCUGGCAUAAGACUGAUCACGUCCUUUUCUCGAGAUAGUUGGUAUCGCAGUUUCAUUCUUUUGCUCACCUUCCUCUUCUACACGGCCUAUCACCUCUCACGGAAACCCAUCAGCAUUGUUAAGAGUCAGCUGCACAGAAACUGUUCUACAGUCAUUCAACCAACAGACCUUAACAUAACCAAUAAUGCUACUUGGUGUGACUGGUCGCCCUUUGACCAAGACAACUAUCAGACACUGUUUGGGGUCUUGGAUAACUCCUUCCUGGUUGCCUAUGCCAUCGGCAUGUUUAUCAGUGGGAUAUUUGGAGAGCGCCUGCCUCUGCGGUACUACCUGAGCUUUGGCAUGGUGAUGAGUGGAUUGUUCACAUGUCUGUUUGGCCUCGGCUUCUACUGGAACAUCCACUCCCUAGGGUACUACGCCUUCAUCCAGGUCAUGAACGGGCUGAUGCAGACAACCGGCUGGCCAGCGGUGGUAGCUUGUGUCGGCAACUGGUUUGGAAAGGGGAAGCGUGGUUUCAUCAUGGGUGUGUGGAACUCCCACACCUCAGUGGGAAACAUCUUGGGCUCCCUCAUCGCUGGAGUCUUCGUCUCCUCAGCGUGGGGGAUGUCCUUCAUCGUCCCUGGAAUCAUCAUCGCCUCCACUGGGAUCCUGUGCUUCUUCUUCCUGGUUGAGAAACCUGAAGACGUCAACUGCACUCCUCCUCAGCACCAUAGUGAUCAGAAAAGCGAAGAGACAGAGCCUCUCCUGGAGAACUUGUCAGACGGUGAAAUAAGUGUCAACGGUGCCAUCGCCUCUGAGUCUACGGAGGUUGUUGAGACCACCGAAGCCACAGAGGCCAUCAGCUUCUGUGGGGCUCUCAGUAUACCUGGAGUUUUGGAGUUCUCUCUCUGUCUGCUGUUCGCCAAGCUGGUCAGCUACACUUUCCUGUACUGGCUUCCGCUCUACAUCUCAAACAUUGCACAUUUUGAUGCAAAAGAAGCAGGAGACAUGUCGACACUAUUUGAUCUAGGAGGAAUCGUGGGAGGCAUCAUGGCGGGCCUUGUGUCUGACUACACAGGUGGGAGAGCGACAACUUGCUGCGUCAUGUUGCUUUUUGCUGCUCCUAUGCUUUUCCUCUAUAAUUACAUUGGACAAAGGAGCCUUGGUACUACAAUCGGUAUGCUGCUGCUGUGCGGAGGCCUGGUAAACGGGCCGUACGCCCUCAUCACCACUGCUGUAUCUGCUGAUCUGGGAACACAUGAGUGUCUGAGAGGAAACUCCAGGGCAUUAUCAACAGUGACGGCAAUUAUUGACGGGACUGGUUCAAUAGGAGCUGCACUGGGUCCUCUGUUAGCUGGUGUGAUCUCUCCCACUGGCUGGAACAACGUUUUCUACAUGCUCAUCUCUGCCGAUGUCUUGGCCUGCCUGUUUUUGUCCAGGCUCGUUUAUAAAGAAGUUCAGGGUUGGUGUGGAUGUGUCCCCCGAGCCAGAGAGUUCAAAGAAAUCUGAGACACUCACACAAUCAAACUAGGAACCAAACAGGGAAAACAAUGCUGCCACUGACCUCUUCAUACAGCAGACAACCUCUUUCCAUUUAAGCUGAAUGGGAAAUAAACCCUCAGUGGAAGAUUCAAGGCACUAAACUGACGAUUGAAGCCUUCUUCUUAUUGUAAAACAGAGAGAAAUAGGUCUUUAUGGAGACAAAGCUUUUUUAUGACUAAUCUUCUCAUUUUAACUUGUUUGUUUUAAUAUUCUUUUAUCAUUAAAGUGUACAUACUGGGAA